AUGGGGUCUGCGACAGAUCCAUUAGCGAUAAUUGCAAGCCAGACAUUUGGCAAGCCCGUUGUGGGUCACACAGUGAUGCCACCGUUCAGAAGAUCACAAAGAAUAAACAACGUUGCGGGACCAAAUCGAAAUGCGAAAGCGUCUGAAAAAUCUGAAAAAGCACCUGUGAAAUCACGUCCACGAAAGAAAACAGUCAAUGAAAGAGAACAAAAUGUGGGGAAACGAAAAACUUUUUCGAAUGAUCAGAAAGAAAAUAGCGAAACUGAUGAAGAUUUCUUGAAGUUGAACCAGGUUUCCGGAAAAACCGCCAGUAAAACAAAUGCUAACUGUAAGCAGAACAAGGAAAUGGCACCGUUAAGAAAUUCGAGAAAGAAGAACGUUAAAGCAAGUUCGUCGUCGAAUCAAAUGAGAGUGGAUUCGUCGACUGGAUCGGAUCACAACGAAUCAACGAAAGAAGAUAUCAAACGAUCAGCAUACUUCAUUAAACGAGAAUCCACAGAAACUUUCAGCGAAUCGAACCAAAAACAAGAGAACAAACGUCUUGCUGAUGGUAAUCAACGCAAAAGAACACAUGAGCGAAAAGCGAAGAAUUCGAAGGUGAAACUGGAACAAGAUGAGAAAUAUGUUGAAAGUGAUUCAGAAGGCGAGUUAAUGGAUGAACCGAGCACCUCUUCAGCAAAGCGAACAAAGGUGAAACCAAAACGUGCUGUUAAAAAGCAAAAGCCGACAUCAGAUCAGGCUAAAAGCUUAGCGUUAUCUCGAAAUAAAACUUCGACGGUGUCAUCCUCAUCAUCGAGU